AUGGCUGCCUUUCAUCAGUCAGGCAGCCUGGGGCUGGCCUGCUUUGACUCAAGCACCGCUGAGGUGCUUGUGAUGCAGACAAACGAGGAGAGCAGAGGCCCCUUUGCAUACCAGUCUUUGCAGCUUGCAAAGCUCCAGUUCAAUCCCGAGGUCAUUUACACAAGCGCCAAAGCAGACCAGGAGUUUCUGGAUGCCCUGAAACAGGGAAGUGGUGUGGAUGCAUCAGAUGGAGAGUUCGAGGUCCGGCUGGAGAAGAGCCGUCUGUUCCAUCCAAAUGAAGCCAUGGGUUACCUGCAGAUGCUGCAUGUGCGCGGGAUGAGGGAAGGGCUCUCAGUGCAGGAGAGAAUGCAUGUGCUCAACACCAUGAUGAGCCUGUCUGCCACACAGCAGGGUCUCCUGACUGCGCCAACAGACAUGGACAGCGAAAUGGAGUUUCAGUUUUCAGUCGAUCGCCUGGCUGAGUUUUUACUGCACGGCCAAUUGAUCGUGGAUCCUGCAUCCAUGCGCGCUCUGCAGAUUUUCCAGGAGGAACAGCACCCAUCUGCGAUGGGAGUUGGACAGUCCAAGGAGGGCUUCAGCAUUUUUGGCAUGCUCAACAAGUGUGUGUCCCCCAUGGGCAAGCGCCUGCUCAAGCUGUGGUUCUCUCGGCCCAUUGUCAAUCUGGCUGUGCUGCAAGACAGGCAGGACACAAUUGAGGCGCUCAUGCGAGCUCCAGACGUGAUGAAGUCACUGCGAGAUGUCCUGCGCAAGAUCAAGGAUGUGCCAAAGCUUCUGCAGAGGCUGCAGGCGAUGCAGAGCUUGCUGGAUGUGAGGGACUUCACGUGCAUGCUGGACAGCAUUUCCAGCCUGCUGCUGCUGCGCGACACACUGCUGUCUGCCGAUCUCGCGUGCAGUAGCAGCACCCGCCAUGCAGCCACUCCCGGGGGUGUCAACAGCGCUGAUGUGGCUGCUGGCCCUGGCUUCUCACACAGCUCCUGCUCUGUGGCCGACCAUCCAGGCCAAUCUGGCUACCCCCUGGGACCAACAUCAUACGAGCUGCGCAGCCCACAGCAGGUGCAGUCAGCGCCUGGAGUACCAGGCAGCACAGACUUCACCGCAGGCGGCGCCUCUACAGGCACCGCCCACAUAGCAGCAGCUUUGGGCAUUGUGCGCAAGGCCGCAGACUGUAUUGACAGCGCUCUGCUGACAUGCCACUCCAUGAUAGCUAACGUUAUAAACCCCGACCAGGAGGAGGCAAUGCUAAUAGCAGUAGGGGUCUCCGACAAAUUGGACGCCCUGAAGCACGCGUAUCAUGGCCUGCCGGACUUCCUGACUCGCGUGGUGGAGGCUGAGAUGGGUCGCAUCCCACGCCACCUCAGCGACGCCUUCAAGCAGCAGCUCUGGUCCAUCAUCUAUAUGCCACAGGUGGGCUUCUUGGUGCGCGUUGAGGGCAGGCGAAUGACAGCGGAUGUGGAAGAGUAUCUGCCAGACUACGAGUUUGCCUUUGAGGACGCCUCGGCUGAAGGCUCCGGAAUGUACUACCGCUGCGAGCGCACGCGCGACCUGCAGGCUGAGUUUGGCGACAUGCUGCACCGCAUCCACGACCUGGAGAACAGCAUAUGCUCGGAGCUGAUCCAGAGGCUGGCAGCGUUCGGCCCCAGCCUGAGCCGCGCUGUGGCCCUGGCUGCCGAGGUGGACUGCCUUCUCUCCCUGGCACAGUGCGCGCGCGACUUCGGCUACAGCCGCCCCCGGCUUACCCAGGACAACGUGCUGCACAUCAAGCAAGGGAGGCACCCUCUAGCAGAGCUUGUGGUGGACCGCUUCAUCCCAAAUGACACCGCCAUGCAUGCUGACUCAGCCAGAGUGCAGGUCAUCACAGGUCCAAAUUACUCGGGCAAGAGCUGCUACGCAAAACAGGUUGCGCUCAUUGUCUUCCUGGCGCACAUCGGGUCUUUUGUGCCGGCAGCGGAAGCAACGGUGGGCCUGACAGACAGGAUAUUCACUCGAAUUGUGACCACAGAAGCCCAGAGCGUACCUCAGAGUGCCUUCAUGAUCGACAUGAGCCAGGUCUCAAACAUGCUGCGCCAUGCCGGCCCCAGGUCGCUGUGCAUCAUAGAUGAGUUUGGGAAGGGAACGCUGGCUGCAGACGGCUUUGGCCUGCUGUGCGCUGUGCUGCGUCACUUUACAGCGCAGCGGCCGUCGCCGCGAGUCAUCGCUGUGACUCACUUCAUCGAGGUGCUGCAUGAGGCGUACCUCCGCAGGUCUCCUCAGCUGGCGUUCUUCACUAUGAACGUGCUGACAGAAGCUGACUCAUCCACCCCAGGCCAGGCGGACCGCGUCGUCUUUCUCUACACCCUCGUGCCAGGCUAUGCAGCGCCCAGCUUUGGCAUCCAUUGCGCACAGCUGGCAGGGGUCAGCCAGAACAUACUGCAGCGGGCCAAGCAGGUAUUGGAGCAUCGCAGCAAAGGCAGUGCCCUGGAGGGCAAGAAGAGCGAGAGACAGGCUGCUAUGGAAGCGCGCUACAAGCACUUGUUGGAGCGUCUGAUGGCCACAGACUUGAGGACCAAUAGUCAAGUGCAGCAGCUGCUUGACGACGCAGCGCAACCUGUUGCUGCAUAG